GUGUUUUUGCCAGAUACGGUGUUGGGGAGGAGGAGGAACUGAUUCUGGGCGAGAAGGGAGAGUGGAGCACGUCACGAGGAAAUGACUGCACCCUCUGCCUCCCCUUUCCCCGCUUCUUGUGGGAUUCUACGCAUUUCCCCGCGGGGUCGCCCCGCUCCGACGUGGGCGGAGCCGGGGCCCGGCUGCGAGGGAGGAAGGGAGAGGCCGAGGGAGCUGCUCUGGCGAGGCGGGCCCUGAGGAGAUUUGCCGGGCUCAGCUGGCGGUGGGGAAAGGAGCGAGCUAGAGUGGGAGGGAGGGUGUGCGUCGCCGUGCGGGUGCGCGCAGGGCACAGAGGGGCGGCGGCUUGUGCCUGUUUCUGCCGGGGGAACCAUGCUGCUGUUGCCGCUACCGCCGUUGCGGCGACUGCUGCUGCAGCCCUUGCAAGGCCGGCGGGCGGCCUCAGGCAGCUGCGCGCCCCGGACGGCCGGCUGAGCCGCAGCGGCGCGCGAGGGUGGAUCCUUGGCAAGCGCGGCUUUCUUCUUUCGGCGGCUGUCGGUGCAGCAGCAGCUGCAGCAGCAGCUCCUUCCCUCCGCCAGCCAGUCUCCUGAUGCUUUGGUCUACUACGCGCCCCUUCCUUGGUAGAAGAAUGAGGGGAUCUCAGCUGGGCAUCCUCGAGGGAGAACCUGCCUAGGGGGCCCGUGGAGACUGCCGCACACCUUCCGGAGGUGGACACCGGAGAAGCGACAACCUCCGCCGCCGCAGCUCCCAGCUGUGCACCUUUUGGAAAACAUCAAAUGCUGUGAUAACUGCAUGGAUCGUGUGUGAACAUGAGACACUAACUGGAAGUUCAGAAGCUCAGCCACUUCACCUUACACUUUUUACUAUUUGUUUACAAUGGAGAUCAAGGAAGAGAAAAAAGAACGAAGACAAGGCUAUUUUGCCCGUUUGAAGAAGAAGAGGCUAGCUAAGCAAAAUUCAGAGGCAGCCUCCUCAAAUGCUUGUGGGAUCCCCACAGGUAGAACUCAGGCUGGAAGAGAUGAUGGAAGUAAAGCUGUUCUGGUGCAGACCAAUGGCUCUCAAGAAAACGGCAAAAAGUCUGGGGAAAAGGAGGACUUGGAGAAAAAGAAGAAGAAAAGCAGUCAGCCAAAGGAUAUUAGGCGCACAGAUCUUAAGCGAUACUAUAGUAUUGAGGACAAUCAAACCAAAACCAAUGAGAAGAAAGAAAAGAAAAUGGUCUCUCAGAAGCCACAUGGUACAAUAGAAUAUACGGCUGGAAGCCAAGAUACUCUGAACAGCAUAGCUCUGAAGUUUAACAUCACUCCAAAUAAACUUGUGGAACUCAACAGGCUCUUCACACACACAAUUGUUCCGGGCCAGGUUCUGUAUGUGCCAGAUAGUGAGCCUCUUUCUGCUGCUGCGAAACUAGCUUCUUCAAGCCCUGGCGCUACUGUUUCACCAUCCUCAUCAGAUGCAGAGUAUGAUAAACUUCCGGAUGCUGACUUAGCAAGAAGGGUUUGCAGGCCAAUCCAAAGAGUCCUGUCUUCCACAUCAGAGGAAGAUGAGCCAGUUGUGGUCAAGUUUUUGAAAAUGAACUGUCGAUACUUCACAGAUGGCAAGGGUGUGGUAGGAGGGGUCAUGAUAGUCACUCCCAACACCAUCAUGUUUGAUCCUCACAAAUCAGACCCUCUGGUAAUUGAGAAUGGCUGUGAAGAGUACGGGCUCAUUUGCCCCAUGGAUGAGGUUGUUUCGAUUGCACUCUACAAUGAUAUCUCUCACAUGAAGAUUAAAGAUGCCCUGCCAUCCGACAUUCCAAAGGAUCUUUGUCCUUUGUACAGGCCAGGUGAGUGGGAAGACCUUGCUUCUGAGAAGGAUAUCAACCCUUUCAGCAAAUUUAAAUCCAUAAACAAGGAGAAGAAGAAGCCCAAAGUGGACAACUUUGUCACCCUGAAUUCCACACCAAUAAAGCCCACGGAGAAGGAGAAGUCUACAGAUCUUGAACUUAAACCUCCUGAAAGUUCUUCCUUGGUGACCUCCAAGUCAGAGGAAACACAAAGGGACUCCAACACUCCCGAACCUUCAAAAAGGGUGGCUUUGGAAUGUACCACGGAACAUUCUGUGGAGAGUGUUAGUCUGGACCUAUCCAAAGAUAAUUCCCUUCUGGAAGAAGAUGGUUUUAUUGAAUUGGAAGAGACUUCAUCACAGACUGAUAGCAAAGUAAAGAGCACAGAUGUUGGAACAGUUGGUGUUCCCAAUGACUCUAAAAUGAAAAAGGAAGUUUGGUUGCAAGCAACAAAUAAAGAAAAUUGUGACCAGUCAGGGACAAAGCAUGAAGUUCUUAAAGAUGUCCUUGAUUUAGAGUCCUGUGAGAAGCUGGAUGUGGUGCCUGAAAUAAACAAGGGGGGUAGUUCACCAACAAAUAAGGUGGAAACAACUCUGGAUGCAAACAAGGAGCUGAAUAAAGACAAACUUAUUGAAUUUUACCUCAGUAAAGAUAAGGAUGAGCCACAGACUACUGAUGACUUAUGUAAGGCUAACGUCAAGGAAGAGGGGAACAGUAUACCAGGAGGCAUAGACCUCACCCUUAGCUCUUCACAUUCCCAAGCCAAUAAAUUUGUGAAAGGCAAAAGAGAAGGGCCAGAUUUGUGUUCUAAUGGAAGGAAAGAGGCAUCGCAAGAAGUUGGCGCAACAGCAGAGAAGAAGGACCAUGAAGGAUCAAUAGCCUCUUCAUUGCCAUCUCAGCUAGAUAAUAAGUCUGAAAUCAGACUCUGGCUGCUGCAGAGAAUCCAAGUGCCCAUUGAAGAUAUGCUUCCUUCAAAGGAAGAGAAAAGCAAGUCCCCUCCGAUGUUUCUGUGCAUCAAAGUGGGCAAGCCUAUGAGGAAGUCCUUUACUUCUCAAAGCUCCACAAUGGCUCAGCAAUAUAAUAAAAGAAGAAAGCAACCGGAGUACUGGUUUGCUGUUCCACGAGAAAGGGUAGAUCACCUGUAUACCUUCUUUGUACAGUGGUCACCAGAUGUGUAUGGCAAAGAUGCUAAAGAACAGGGCUUUGUUGUGGUGGAAAAGGAGGAGCUUGACAUGAUAGACAACUUCUUCAGUGAACCCUCAACAAAAAGCUGGGAGAUUAUUACUGUAGAAGAGGCAAAACGGCGAAAGAGCAUUUGCAGCUAUUGUGAAGAAGAUGAUCGAUGCAGUGAAGAAGAUGAAGAUGCUUUGCCUGUCUUAAAAAACCAGAGUGUGCUCUUAGAAAAUAUGCAUAUAGAACAGCUCGCCCAGUGCCUGCCAGCAAGGGUUCAGGGAUAUCCCUGGAGGCUAGUCUACAGCACACAAGAACAUGGAACCAGCUUGAAAACACUGUAUCGUAAAUCGGCAUCUCUUGAUAGCCCUGUCCUGCUUGUCAUCAAAGACAUGGACAAUCAGGUUUUUGGGGCUUAUGCAACGCAUCCUUUCCACUUCAGUGAUCACUAUUAUGGCACUGGAGAAACUUUCCUAUACACAUUUGAUCCUCUUUUCAAGGUCUUUAAGUGGAGUGGAGAAAACACCUACUUUAUCAACGGAGAUGUAACUUCCCUAGAACUUGGUGGUGGAGAUGGCAGGUUUGGUUUAUGGCUAGAUGCUGAUUUAUAUCAUGGCCGGAGCAAUUGUUGCAGCACAUUCAAUAAUGAUAUCUUAUCCAAAAAAGAAGACUUUGUCAUACAAGAUGUGGAAGUAUGGACAUUUGAGUGAUGUACAUGCUGCCUUAAAAAGUUUACUGAGCACUCAGUGGAUGUUGAAUAUUGGAAUGUAGACUGCCUCACAAUAGAACAUGCUUCUCCUGCCCAUGAAAUCUGGUCACAGCCUGGCUGCACAAGAAGAUUUUAGGUCAAAAAGUGGAAAGACUUAAUUGCAUUUAAAAAAAUGACCUCGUUUAUGUCGUAUUUCUGCCCUGCCGGUGAUCUUACAGCAUGGAUGCAAGAUGUUUAUGGAAGGCAUUUGCGAUAUACAAGUUUGUUUAAAGCAGUCUCAUUAUUUUUUGUAACUGUGAAAGAAUACUGGUGGAAAAACAUAGACCUGUAUAGUACAUUCCAUGUGUAUUUUUAUUCUGCUUACAUGAAAACCAAAAAGAAGUAAAAGUUGGGUUAGCAAAUUCUACUGCGUAUAGUGAUGGUUUCCAUGAGAAAGGGGUUAGUCUUUCAAAUCAGUAUACAGCACUUAAAGGGAGCAUUUUUAAAGGAACGUAUUUAUUGUUUGUAUAGUACAUUUUUAUGAAAUGUAGUAGGCAUGUUUUUUCUUUUAAUAUUUUAAUUUCAAAAUUUGCUAGGAAGAUUUAUUGACUGAAGUAAAUGUCUUAAGCGGUGGUGAUGAAUCAUUUCAUUUCUUAGGUAUUUUUUAUACUUUGCUGGUUUUUUUAAUUUUUGUAAAAGACUUCGUUGUUGCUUUGUUCUUAUUAUUUUAGGAAUCUUGUUUUUGGGCAGAACACAUUACUUUGGAUUGUUGGAAAGCGGUGCAUUGUCAGUUUCCAUUAUCAAACACAGCUGUCUGGUUGCGUGCUGGAGACAGAUCCUCUUUUUAAGAGGCUUAACAAUAAAGAAAUACCUUUUGAAACAGUGGCAUUGUUAUGGGGCAAAAAACAGAUUCUUAAACUGUGCCCUAUAAAUUAUUUGAAAUUCUUUGUUAGAGAAAACUGUGUCAUGCCAGACUAGCUUUGCCCUUCUUCUUUUUUCUUGUAAAAUGUUCUCUUUCUUGAAUAAGAGUUCAACCUUGUGGUUGCAUUCUGCUUUUUAAGCAGUCACUUUUCUUUCUGCUUUUUUUUUUUAAUGGCGUGAUGAAGCAGUACUUGAGAGCACUGGGUCCAAAUUCAGUAAGAAAGACUAAGUGCUGCCAGUUAAUUGAAACUGGAAACCAUUUUUGGUUUAUUUGCCACUUCUAAAAAAUAUUUUGUUAGGAAGAGGAAGAUAUGAAAAGACAGUGCUAUUCCUUCUUGAAAUGCUGACAUUCUCCUAACUUUUGGGAGCCCUUGAUAAGCCUUUUAAAAAAGCAAAUAAAGUCAACAUGAGAGAAGGGGUAUUUUUUAAAAAAACCAAACGGUACUUCCUAUGCUCCUGAAAAAGUAUCGGUCAAUACACUAUGCUUGUCACCCUUUAGGAUGCCUUCACAAGGCCACCUGUGUCAACCUAGGCUGCAUCCUUACAUAUUAACCAGGUCUUCCCCCGCUCAUGAUGGCAUUGCUUCCAAAUGACUUGGAAAUAACUGGGACCAUCCAUCUUGUGCUAUAUGACCUGGUCAACCAGAUCCAGAUUACAAAGAGUAAUUUCCUUCACAUAUAUAUUGCUUCUGUGUAGGAAACUCCGUACACAAGUGACAUGGGGCAGACACACACAUGUCUGCUUUGGAGUGCGUAGUACUGCACACUAACAAUUUGGGCUUGCUGCAGAUAGAAAACAUCACAUGUGGUAGGCACAUAAUUCUCUACACAGAAGUAAUAGCCUUCAUGUACAAAACCGCUUUAGGGCAUUUUGUUAACACCUGUAGCCUACACCUUUCACUCUUCUUACCAUCAGUUCUACUCUGACAAAUUUUCACCAUUACAUAUUAGCAUAAUACUUUGGAGACAUUCCAGGGAACCUUGAAAGACGGUUUUAACAAGGACGAGACACUUGCAGGUUGUAAGCAAAAGGGUUUUUAAAAAAUAAUGGACGUAUUUCACUACUGUUAUACACAGUUCAUUUCAUUAUAUUGUACUUGUCAGAGCAUAUCUAAAGUUUGUGUUCUAUAUUCGAAACAGUGUUGUCCUCUCAAGAUUCUGUGACCCUUCAGAAAACUAUGGAUAUUUAAUAUAUGUAAUGCAGUGCUAUCGCAACAUUUUCAAUAAAGGAAUUUAUGCAUUCA